GAGAGAGAGAGAGAUGUGGAGAUGGAGAGGGUAUAAAUUAACAUCAUGGGGUGCAUCUUAACGCAAUAUCGUUGAAAGAGAUAGAGUGUAGUGUAGAAAUGGGAAUGGGAAUGGGAAUGGGAAUGGUUGUGACUGUGUGCUUAUUUCUUAUGUUAGGCUUCAAUAACAUCAAGUAUGGCUUGGCUGAUAUUGGCACUGCCUCAUCCUAUCAACCUCCUUAUACACCUACGAAGUGCAAUGGCAACCGAGCAGAUCAAUUUCCGUCUGGAAACUUAUUCGCAUCAGUAAGUGAAGGACUGUGGGAUAACGGGGCAGCAUGCGGUAGGCGUUACAGAUUGAAAUGUCUUAGCGGAAAUAAUAAACCGUGCAUUGGUGGCACCAUUGAUGUUAAGGUGAUCGAUUUUUGCUCCAAAAGACCCUGCCCUUCGACUAUUGUCUUAUCGAGCGACGCCUUCUCCGCCAUCUCCAAAUCUCAAAAGGGAAAAAUAAACAUUGAAUAUGUCCAGAUUUGACAUGAGGAUCCAUGUUGUAUUUGGGGUUUUGACGGUUAGAAAAGCGUCGCUUAUGAAAUUUGCUCGGGUUUAUUAUAGCAUAUCAACAAGAUAGCAAACAACUGCUGUAACACAAUCUAUAGAAUAAUAAAUUGUAGAACAAAUCAUGUAUUCUUAUCAUAUUUAUAUAUAAUAAAGAAACGCUAGAAAUUAAA